UAAUUAUCCAUCUCCCUUUCAAUCCUUAAGGCAGUGCCUUUGUCUUGAGAGUUCUCAACCGUUACAUUCAUGUGGCUGAUAAACGGGGACUAAGAUUGACCUACACCGCCUUGUGCCGCGCAUAGCAAGUAUGCGAGGCGUUUUAUUGGUGCCUCACGCCUAGGCCCGCCUUAGCGGCGCCUUUGGCCGCCUUUUAGAAGUGUUUCAACCUCUCUUCUACUUAGAGGUUGGGGAGGAAAAGAGCUCUCAGUAGUUCGGCGUUGAGAAUUCUCUGCCUUCUCUCUAGGAAUAUUACACCCGAACUACCAUUGCUCCUACUUCCCACUAUUGAAACUUGAGUUUUGUUGUUUCUUCUUGCUCGGAAUCAUCAUAACAACAUAAUCCACACUUGGUUUGUGUUUGUUGGUGUUUUUUGAACGAUUUGAAGCCAAAAAACCAAACUUGAGUUCGCAGAUUUACUGUUCAAAAAUUUCAAAAACCAGAAUUUUUGUUUUGAUCAUAACUCAAAAUCUACUGAUUGGAUUCGUGUAAGGAGACUUGAUUGGGGUUCGCCAUCACCUGGCGCACCUCCCCGUACUUCGCCGGUCACCUGGGGGCGCCGCCGUACCGGAGAAACGAAGUAGCCGUUGGGCGCGGUUACUGUUCACCGGCGGGGACUGUUUUACAGUUUCCGGCCGCCUCCGACGUCCAAUCAAAAUUCUGAGCACACUCUGGAGGUCGCCUGGUUGAGACGGUCAUUUUGGCACCGGUUUUGCUACCUAUAAAGCUGGAAAAAAUUUCGAAGCUACUGUACAUGGCCGCAGGUAUGUAUUAGUUACUAAUUUUUUCUGCAAGUUUUGUAGGUCCUGGACAGAAACAAAAUACAUAGUGGUGAUCGCCAGCUUGAGGAGAUCAACAUACUAUAUUUUGGGAUUUUUCUGAGCACUUUGAUUUUUGGAUGGUACUGUUCAUCGUCUUCUUCGUGGAGCUUCUGCCAUGACCAAGAGGAACAAACAGAACCGGACCCCACCUCUCAAAGACAAACAGUUUGAUGAUAAGGUGCGGGAAAUCUUGGCCAAGAAAGUUGCAAUAGAAGAGGGGAAGCUGAAGAAAAACGCUGCUAUGAAGGAGGGUAUCCCUUCUUCGGACCCUAUAUUUUCUAACUCUUCAGGUGCCUUUGCCGCGGCACGAAAGCCAUCAGUGUCUUGUUUGGGUGCGACCUCAACCUAUGCCGCGGCAUCCGGGGCUACAGAGGGACAACAAGGUUUGGCAUCCGGGGCUACAGGUGGACAUCCGGGUGGGGCUUCAACUCAUGCCGCGGCAUCCGGGGCGACAAGGGGGCAACAUGAAUAUGUCGCGGCAUCCGGGGCUUCGGGUGGACAUCAAGGUUAUGCUGCGGCAUCCGCGAAGGGCAUCGCAUCAGGGGGGUCCUUUGCAGAGAAACUCCUGGGGCAGGAUUCCAGCUCCUCUAACGCCGCGGCAUCUAAUGAGCUGUCUUUGGCAAUCAAAACCAAAAUUGUAACGGCUGAUCCCAUUAUUGAAAAUUCUGAUGAAAACAGCCCUAUUGCACAAGAAGAACAUGAGGGAUCCAUCUCCCUUGGGUCUCAAGACACAGAAUCGCUUGUUGAUGGGGAUGAUUUUGAAAAAGAGCCGUUCACCUAUGCUUCUCUAUUCCGGGACAAUAGAGCCCCCUCAAACGGCCUAAAGCUUGAAUAUUUCCCUCCCUCGGGGGAAAAACUAGAUUUUUCUCAUCUUGAGGUGCCCACCCUAAUUGAGAUAUGGGGGUACUGUUUGGUGGGGCAUUUCUCCGGCCGGUUUCCGGGUAUGAAGGCAAUUUUCGAGAUGGUCAAGAAAUGGGGCGUGAGAGUGGAUGUGAAGUCCCAUAGCAAAGGUUGGGUGGUUUUCAAAUUCAAAUGCGAGGAGGAUAGGCUCAAAGUUCUUACCGAGGGGCCCUAUCUUUUGUUUGGGAAAACUAUGUUUCUAAAGGUGUUAUCGGAUGAUUUUAACUUUGAGAGUGAAGAAUUCUUGAAGGUUCCUACUUGGGUGAAGUUUCCGAACCUACAUCUUAGACUUUGGAGAGCAACGGAGAUUGGAAAGAUAGCUUCUCAAAUUGGUGUACCUAUCACUACCGAUAAGGUAACCCAAGACAAGACUUUCACCAAGUAUGCACGGGUACUCAUUGAGGUUGACGCCUCAAAGCCUCCGGUUGAGGACUUUCCUAUUAUUCCGCCUUCGGGCAAAGAGUAUACCCAACGGGUGGAGUAUGAGACUUAUCCGGAGUAUUGCUACCAUUGUAGAACUUUUGGACAUAAUCCGUUUGAAUGUAUGGUGCUUCACCCACACGUGCCACCCCUUAAACACACAAUGGCAAAAACUAAUGCGAGAGGCAAGGGGAUCCUAAGCAAGGUCGUGGACAAGGUGGGCAAGGCCCAAGGUGCACCACCGUUGGGCAAAGGGAAAGGUAAGGCCGUGGAUGAUGAUCCUCCAUUCCAAGAGGUCACGCACAAGAGGGGUAAGGCCAAGGCCAAGCCUCAACAGGUUAUUGACGUUGCAUUAACGUCUAAGGCCAUGCGACAGGUGCCCAUGGUGGCUAAUAUGGGUGUCAACAUUCCGAAGGAGUUGCGUGAUCCAUCUUUGAACCUUAAGCCGCGGCCUAAUGUGAGAUACUCCAUGGAACGCCACCAACUUAUGGUGGUUGCCAAAGAUAAGAAUGGUAAGGAAGCGUUGACUAAUCUACCUCGUGGCUAUGUGAUCCGGAGUGUGCAUGAGAUGGAUCCUAAAGACAUUGUCACCGGGGUGUUUAUGGAUGAGAAAGGAAGACCACUUGCCACUACCAUUGAUCUAGACGAGCUACCGGAUGGUGAGGCAUUGGUUAAGGUGGGGGCUGACCUCAAACCGGUCACCAAUGAAGAGGACCCGGGUGUUUACUUCACCCAAAGUGGCAUCUUGGAGCUACCGGGCGUCAAACGCAAUGGUACAUGGUAUGACUUCGAUUCCAAAAUCUUUAUUGCUAAUGUGUUUUUCUUCUUUGAUCCUAGUAGCAAGAACAACGUGUCCUACUACAAGGAGCUUUUGAGAAGAGAACGAAGAAGUGCUAGGAAAAGUGCAACCGAGGGUGGAGGACCCACCACGGACCUUUACCUCACUUGAUGACGAAGUUUUUGGUAUGGAACGUUAGGGGCCUAAAUAAGGCCUCUAAACACAAUCUAAUUGGUUAUUAUAUCAAUUCAAAUAAUAUUGGUUUGGUAUGCUUUUUGGAAUCUAAGAUGACCUUGGCCGCACUAAAUAAUUAUAUUUUAAAUAAAUGGCCGGGUUGGAUUUUUAAGAAUAAUUUUGAUCUAAUUGGUGGGGGACGCAUGGUGAUCAUGUGGAACCCGACUUUAAUAAAUUGUGUGUUUUUGGAAAUUGACAAGCAAUUUAUGCAUGCUAGAUGUACUUGUUGUAUCACACAAACAACUUUUUUGACUACGUUUGUCUAUCCGUUGUACACAGUCCUUGAAAGAAAGGACUUGUGGGAUCAUUUAACCUUGGUUGGAGAACUUAUUGAUGAACCUUGGUUGAUAUGUGGUGAUUUUAAUUGCAUUGCUACGCCCAACGAAAGGGUGGGUCCUACCCCCCCUACGGCGUAUGUAAUGCAACACCUGUUUGACUUUAAGGUCGCGGCUAGCCUACAAGAUGCACCCUCCACGGGGGAGUUCUUUACGUGGAACAGAGGUGCACUUUGGGCCAAGCUUGACCGGGUAUUGAUAAAUGAUGUUUGGGGCAUUAAUAGCAUAAGGUGUACGGCCCAUUUCCAUGAAAUGGAGGUGGAGUUUGACCAUACGGCUUCCGUUGUGUCAAUACUCCUUAAUUCCUCUCCAAGGCCUAAACCUUUUAAAUUUUUUAAUAUGUGGAUUAAACAUCAUGAUUUUGCUAAUCUAGUAGCGCAACAUUGGAAUCAAGAGAUUGAAGGUACGGCCCAAUUUUCCAUGGUGAGGAAACUAAAGUUGCUCAAAAGGCCACUUAAGAACCUCAACACCAAGGAAUUUGGGCAUAUCUCCAACAAAGCUAAAAUGGCGAAGGAAGAAUUCAAAAGAUUGCAUAAGCUUGUCCUACAACAUCCAUUGGAUGAGAGUCUCCAAUGCCAAUUGGAGGAAGUUACAAAGAGGGCUAGGUUUCUUAGUGAGGCCGAGUGCAAUUUUUUCCAACAAAAGGCAAAGGCGACUCACAUCCUUGAAGCGGAUAAGGGGACAAGGUAUUUUCAUGCGAUUGUGAAGAGGAAAACCACGAAGAAUACCAUAGCGGCUAUCACUCUUGAGGAUGGGAGUCUCACCACCUCAUUGGAGCAAGUUGGUAAUGAAUUCGUUAAUUUUUUUGUUGACUUAUUUGGCUCCGUUGGGGAAACCCAACAAUUUGACCCUAGAAUUUUGGAUUCCGGCCCCAAAGUUGAACCUAGUGUUCAUGCUAGCCUUAUUUCCCCUAUUGAUGUAAAAGACAUCAAAGCCGCACUUUUUGAUAUUGGGGAUGACAAGGCGCCGGGGCCGGAUGGUUAUUCUUCUGCGUUCUUUAAAUCUAAUUGGAACCUUGUGGGGGAUGACUUAGUACAGGCUACUAAGGAAUUUUUUCGUACGGGAAAGUUAUUAAAGCAAAUUAACCAUACGGUUAUUGCACUUAUCCCCAAGACGACCCACUCGCCAAAGGUUUCAGACUUUAGACCGAUUUCUUGUACUAAUGUGUUGUAUAAAGUCAUUACGAAGAUUCUUGCCGCUAGACUCAUACCAUGCCUACCGGGCUUGAUUGACCUAGCCCAAGGAGCCUUUGUUGAUGGCCGCCUCAUGUUUGAUAACAUUUUCCUUGCCCAGGAACUUGUUAGAGGAUACAUGAGGAAGCGAAUCUCACCUAGAUGUAUGAUCAAGGUGGAUUUGCGCAAGGCUUAUGACACUAUCUCAUGGGAUUUUCUUCAGAAUGCUUUGCAGGGUUUGGGCUUCCCGGAGAAAUUUAUUGCUUGGAUCAUGGAAUGUGUAACAACCGCAUCGUUUUCGGUAUCCUUAAAUGGGUUGUUAUAUGGUCAUUUCAAGGGAAAGAGGGGAAUUAGACAAGGAGACCCUAUGUCUCCCUUGCUUUUUGUGAUGUGUUUGGAAUAUUUUUCGCGUAUGCUUAAUUUGAGAACCAAAGGGCCAAACUUUAAUUUCCAUCCCCAAUGUGCGUCACUUGGCAUUUCCCAUCUAGCUUAUGCAGAUGAUCUUAUUCUUUUCUCUAGGGGCGACUUUUUUUCAAUUGAAAUCUUGGUCAAUGCCCUUAAAGAAUUUGGUGAUGCAUCGGGCUUAAUGGUGAACCAUGAUAAAUCAAAUAUCUUUGUGGGGGGAAUUAAAGAUAACGAUCUAAGGGAGAUCAUGGCCCUUGUGGACUUUGGGCGUGGCCAAUUCCCGGUGAAAUACCUUGGAAUCCCACUUGCCCCACUUAAGAUCUCGGUUGCACAAUAUGCACCGCUUAUCGAUUCCAUUUCUGAUUUUCUUGUUGCAUGGAACACUAAAACCCUUUCCUAUGCCGGAAAAUUAGAGCUAAUAAGAUCGGUUAUCCAAGGGGUACAAUCUUUUUGGCUCCAAGUUUUCCCGGUCCCCCAAACCAUCCUUGAUAGGAUUGUCUCGAUUUUCCGUAUCUUCUUAUGGGGUGGGAAAUAUUCUAAAGUGGCCUGGGAGGACGUUUGCCUUCCAAGAGAGGAGGGGGGCCUUGGCAUUCAUAAUGCUAAGAAUUGGAACCAUGCCCUCCUUGCUCGUACACUUUGGGAUGUUCAUAGGAAAAAGGAUACGUUAUGGGUUAGGUGGGUCAAUGGGAUCUACCUCAAGGGUAGGAGUGUGUGGGAUUUCAUCCCACACAAUCGUGACUCAAUGUUCAUGAAGAAGUUGAGUCAUAUCCGGGACCGAAUUGUGGGUUGUUUUAAUAAUCUUAAUGAUGCUAUUAUGGGACUUAAUGCUAGAUCUAUUAAUGGGAAAUUUGUCUCGGGAAAGAUCUAUGAUCUUUUAAGGGUUAAAGGAGAACCUAGGACUUGGAUGAGUUUUAUUUGGAAAUCAUAUAUCCCUCCUAAGUUCUCCUUUAAUGUCUGGCUUGCUUUCCGAAAUAGACUACCCACCCAAGAUAAUCUUGAAUAUUUGCACAUUGUUAAUAGAUGUGACUUAUGCAAGGGUGGAUUGGAAACAAUGCCACACCUAUUCUUUGUGUGUCCUUUUUCUUGUAGGAUUUGGGAACAAGUGAAGAAUUGGCUAGGCUUGAGGCAUCACAUGACUACUAUUUGGAGCUCGGUCAAAUGGAUUUUAAAAGAGCAUAAAGGAUCAAAGUUGAAAGGGAAAGCGGUCCGGAUUGCCUUUUGUGCUACUUUAUACCACAUUUGGCAAGCUAGGAACGCAAACCGAUUUGAUGGCAAUUGUAGAAAAGAGGACGAACUUAUUGCGAAGAUCAAACACGUGGUAUAUAAGAUACUCUUCAACAUAUACCCACGUGAGAUGAUCAAAUUUUGAGAGACAAAGGUUCAUUACAAGACUUCAAGCCGCGGCUUAAUGGACGAUUGAUGAUCAAGUUGAUGUGCCUUACAUCAUAUUUUGAUUUUUGAUUUUUGUAUGUUUAAGGGAGUGUGAGUUUUAUCCUCCCUGACCAAUUGGACUUGAUGUUGAUCAGUGUGCGUGCGCCAUGCAGCACCGAUUCUUUUUGAUUUGGGGGGGGGGGGGGGGGGGGGGGGGGCAUUUGGUAUGCUAUACUUAGGCCCCCUUUGAUUUUAUUUUUGAGGAUUGUAUUAGAUCGAAUAAAAACCUCUUUUUACCCCUACAUUUUGUAGGGGUGGGGGGGUUUUAGGAGAUCUAAAACCCAUGAUGUAUAUUCUUUUGGGUGUUAAUAUAAAUUUACAUUUCAUCCAAAA